GAGAAGCAGAAGGUUGUGUUGUGGUCAGCUGUCCACGCCUCCGCGUUUGCAUGGUGUUGUUGGAGGAACAGAAACAAGAGGUGAACAAUCGACGACACUUUCUGAUUCUGAGAUUUUCAGAUUCAGGAACUGAUUUUCAGCAGAGGACUGGACAAUGCUUUGCUAAUGGAAAUAAAUGACAUCCUGGUUCAAGACCUCUCCUGUUCUUAGUGUCCACAGCUCAAAUUUUCAUCCUUGAACACAUCAGGACAUCGCAGCAAGCAUAAUGUUAAGCUGUUGAAACAGGUAAAAUACAAGAAUAUGGCAUCCAGAAGCUCCAGUACCCAGCCAACAUCAUCUGGUACCCUACACAUAAACACAUCUCACAGACAAACACAGAAAGGAAGUGAGAAGAGAAAUCACUACUGCUUAGAAUGUGGAAAGAGUUUUAUUAGUCAUAGUCAUCUCCAACGACACCAGCGCAUUCACACUGGAGAGAAACCAUAUCACUGCUCAGAGUGUGGGAAGAGUUUUAAGCAUCAUAGUCAUCUCCAACGACACCAACGCAUUCACACAGGAGAGAAGCCGUAUCACUGCUCACAGUGUGGGAAGAGUUUUACUGUGCAGAGUACUCUCAAAACACAUAUGCGCAUUCACACAGGAGAGAAGCCGUAUUACUGCUCAGAAUGUGGAAGGAGUUUUAAUCAACAGAGUUCUCUACAUCAGCACCUGCGUAUUCACACAGGAGUUAGACCGCAUUACUGCUCAGAGUGUGGGAAGAGCUUUACUCUAAGGAGUAGUCUUCAGCAACACCAGCGUAUUCACACUGGAGAGAAGCCGUAUCAGUGCUCAGAGUGUGGGAAGAGUUUUACUCUUCAGAGUAAUCUCAACACACACCAGCGCAUUCACACUGGAGAGAAGCCCUAUCACUGCUCAGAGUGUGGGAAGAGUUUUUCUCUGCAAAGUAAUCUCACAACACACCAGCGCAUUCAUACAGGAGAGAAGCCGUAUUACUGCUCAGAGUGUGGGAAGAGCUUUACUCUGCAGAGUACUUUCCAAAAGCAUCAGCGCAUUCACACAGGAGAGAAGCCGUAUCACUGCUCAGUGUGUGGGAAGAGUUUUAAUCAACAGAUUCAUCUCCAAAAACACCUGCGCAUUCACACAGGAGAGAAGCCGUAUUACUGCUCGGCGUGUGGGAAGAGUUUCAGUCAAUCAAAUCCCAUGAAGAUGCACAAGUGCACUAAAAGCAGUGAUUGAAACAGACAGUAAUGAGUGUAACCAUAACACUGUUCUGGGAAUCCAAAAGGGAUGGUGUUUCCAGCCUAGAUUAUUGUUUUUUUUUUAGAGAGGAAAUCCACCUUUUAUUGUUUUAUGCUGGGAUGCACAAUUCCGGUCCUGGAGGGCUGGUGUUCAGCACAGUCUUGCACUUAAACCCACCUCAUUAAACCUGCCAGGUAACAGAUGAGUGUAAUCAGGUGUGGUUAAGCAAGUAAAUCACUGACAAACUGUUUUGGUCAACAGUUGAUACAAUUUCUGAAGUACAACCUGAAUUCCAAUGAAGUUGGGACGUUGUGUCAAACAUAAAUAAAAUCAGAAUACAAUGAUUUGCAAAUCCUUUUCAAAC